AUGAUUAUAACGAAACUAUAUGAUAUGGAAAAGCGACAAAUUUCUAUGGAAGAUAAAAUGAUCAAGAACAUUGCACACGAUAGUUCAAAUAAUAACAAUGGUUUAAAUGACAAGAAUGAGGGAGAAUCAUCGGAGCUUCCUUCAUGGUUUAUAGUACCAUAUGUACCGAGACUUACAGAUAAAUUCAAACAAUUUAACAGAAACAAUAUCAAGGUGGCAUAUUAUAGUGCUAAUAAGCUAAGAAAAUAUAUUAAAGUACAUAAAGAUCCACUUGAUUAUAUGUCUAAGACUAAUGUGGUAUAUAAGAUAAAUUGUAACGACUGCGAUGCGUCUUAUGUGGGACAAACAGGAAGGAAAUUAAAAACACGAAUUGCAGAACACCGUAAUCACAUUAGAUGGAAUACGAGCUCUAAAUCGGUGAUAACAGAUCACAGAUUGGAACAAGGACAUGAGUUCGAUUGGAAUAAUGUACAAAUUUUAGAUGAAGAACCGUGUUAUGGGAAACGUAUUGUCGCAGAGAUGCUCAACAUUAAAAAACAGCAAAACAGUCUUAACCUACAAACGGACACAUUAGAUCUGCAUGAAGCAUAUAUUCCUAUUAUAAACAAGAUAUGA